AUGGAUUCUCGAAAACUUGUCUUAUUGCUUUUGUGUUUGCCAGCAGUUUUGGCAUUCUGCCCAAAACUUUUCAACAAUCAAGUAAGCUUUUUUCAUUUUUUUUCUAAAAUCUCCUAUAAUUUCAAAUAUAUAAUAUCCUAAAAUUCAGACUGCUUGCUCAUGUGAUAGCUCUGUUGAAGGACCAGUUGUCCGAUGCAGUGGACCAGCCGGUCUUCCAGUCAUUGAGAAACUCAAAUCAUCUCAUAUGGAAAUCCGAGAGCUUGCUCUUGAAAAUGCCAACAUUAUUGAAAUUGGACCACGUGCUUUCAAGAAUUUGAGAAUUAAGAAACUUGUUCUUGACAAAAAUCGUAUCAAGGAAAUCCAUCGUGAUGCUUUUAAGGGACUUGAAAAUGUUUUGCAAGAGUUGUCAAUCUCUGAAAACAAUCUUGUAACUGUCCCAACAAAGGCUUUGACUGGAUUAAAAGCUUUGAAUGUCUUGAACUUGAAAUGUAACAAGAUCGGAAACAUUACCGAACAAGCAUUUGCUAAUAUGACUGCUCUCAUUGAUGUCAACCUUGCGUGCAAUCAGGUUUGUUUGACAUAUUUUUAAUAAAAGUAUCAAGUUUCUUAUCGCAAACAUCUUUAGAUCUGUGAAAUGGCUGCUGAUACCUUCAACACUGUUCAUUUCUCCCUCCAAAACCUCAUUCUUGAUAACAACUGUAUGACUGCUUUCCCAGCUUCAGCUGUCAGAAACAUGGAUAAUCUUAUUGCUCUUCACAUCAAAUAUAAUCAAAUUGGAGCUCUUGAACAAAAUGAUUUGACUAACCUCACUUCAAUCUCAAUGCUCUCAUUGACUGGAAACAACAUCACCGCUGUUAAAGGUGGAGCUUUGAUGAACACACCAAAUCUUCGUUACGUUUACUUGAACGAAAACUACCUUCAAACGUUCGACAAUGGAGUUAUGGCUCAAUUCAAACAAGCUCAAGUUAUCGAUUUAUCUUUCAAUAAUAUCACUGAAGUCACAACUGAAAUGUUCGAAGGAUUGGAAAGCAUCCAACAUUUGAAUCUCGAUAGCAAUGCCAUCAAAUCAGUUGCUCCUGGAGCAUUCGCUGGAACUCCACUUCUUCUUCUCUGGUUGCCAAACAACUGUCUCACUGAAGUCAGCCAACAAACCUUCCAAGGAGCUCUUUUCCUUCGUCAAGUUUCCCUUGCCAACAACAAUAUCAAGACUGUUCAACAACUCUCAUUCGCUCACCUUGCUAAUCUCCACACUUUGGAUUUGGCUAACAAUAAGAUCAUGACCCUUCAAGCUGGAGCUCUCAGCGGAGCUGAUCAUUUGACUGUCAGACUUCAAGGUGAGCGAAUUACAAUUCAAAAAAUAAGUUUCUAAUUUAUUUUUCUUUCAGAAAACCCAAUGGUUUGUACCCAAGACGGAUUCCAUGUUAUGAACGGAAAUGAGGCUAUCAACUUGACCACUGAAGUCAACAAUAUUUGCAAAGGAAAAUGGCAAGCUGAGACUGUCGACUUGUGCCCAAAGGCUCAACCAAGACCAGUUGCUCCACCUUGUUGCUCAAGAGUUCCAUUGACUACAACGACCACAACAACCACAACCGAAGAGCCAACAACAACUGAAGAGGUUUCAACAACCACUGAACUUGUUGAUGGAGAAGAAGAAGAGGUUGUCGAAGAAGAAGUUGAGGAAGAAGAAGAGGAGGAAGAAACUACAACUACUCGCAAGCCAACCACAACUACAAAGAAGCCAAACAUGAAUAUGGAUAGAUUCUGGAGAUUGUCGCAAAAGCCAAGUGCCAAUUCACCAUUCAUGCGUCAUUCUCAAGGAAACAAACCAAAAUUCCUCCGCACAGUAAGUCAAAGAUUAUGAAUUUCUAACAAUAAUCAACCAUUUUCAGACAACCACAACUGAAGCACCAACUGAGGAAGAAGGUGACGAAGAAGAGGAAGCCGAGUAUGUUGAAGAGGAAGUCGAAGAAGAAGCUCAACCAGAAGAAGAAGAGGAAGCUGAGAGCACCACAACCACAACAACAACUGUUGCUCCAGUCAAAGUUCCAGCUAGAAUUCGUGAACGACAAAGAAUGAUGGCUAAUAUGCCACCAUGGUUGUCGCCAAGAUCAAAGAGCGCCGAACCAGUCGCUGAAGAGUUCAGCAAAGAUGAUGAAGUUGAAAGUGUGUCAAACGAUGAAGUUGCUCCACAAUAA